GUGCGUGAUUGGCUGGAGCCAGUCCUCGCCCGGCUAUAGGGUGGAGCUGCUGCAACCCUGAAGCGCUUUGACACUCGAGACCUGUGGGCUCUGCGUUUCUGUGGCUUGCGGCGGCAGUCAUGGAGGGAGGUGCUGCUGGCGAGGCUGAUGCGGCCGAAGUGCUACCCCAGCACAAGUUCGACUGCAAGUCCCUGGAGGCCUACCUAAACCAGCACUUGCCUGGCUUUGGGGCCGAACCCGGGGCCACGCUGACCGUUGCCCAGUACAGAUCAGGACAGUCCAAUCCAACCUUUUAUCUCCAAAAGGGCUUUCAAGCAUAUGUACUCAGGAAAAAACCACCAGGUUCACUUCUUCCUAAAGCACAUAAGAUUGACAGAGAAUUUAAAGUCCAGAAAGCCUUGUUUUCUGUUGGAUUCCCUGUUCCCAAGCCUAUGCUGUACUGCAGUGAUGCAUCUGUCAUUGGAACAGAAUUUUAUGUGAUGGAACAUGUGAAGGGUCGAAUCUUUCAUGAUUUCUCACUACCUGGAGUUAGCCCAGCAGAACGUUCAGCCAUAUGUGUGGCCAUGGUAGAAACUCUGGCUCAGUUACAUUCCUUGAAUAUACGGUCAUUGCAGCUGGAAGAAUUUGGUGUAGGUACUGGGUACUGCAAAAGACAGGUAUCAACCUGGACAAAGCAAUAUCAAGCUGCAGCUCAUCGGCACAUCCCUGCCAUGGAACAGCUAUCUGAGUGGCUAAUGAAAAACUUGCCAGAUAACGACAAUGAAGAGAAUUUGAUUCAUGGAGAUUUCAAACUAGAUAACAUAGUUUUCCACCCUAAAGAGACUCGAGUUAUAGCCGUACUGGAUUGGGAGCUUUCAACUAUUGGUCAUCCUUUGUCAGACCUAGCUCAUCUUGCCAUAUUCUACUUUCAGCCAAGGACAAUUCCAAUGUUAAAUAAAUGUUUCUAUAUUCAAGAAAGCACAGGGAUACCAUCGGUGGAAGAACUGAUUUCAAUAUAUUGCCGCUGUAGAGGAAUUAAUUCUGUUCUUCCUAACUGGAAUUUCUUUCUUGCCCUUUCACAUUUUAAAUUGGCUGGAAUAGCACAGGGAGUAUAUAAUAGAUAUCUUCUGGGAAAUAAUUCAUCCGAGAAUAGCUUUCUAUUUGCCAAUAUGGUGCAACCUCUGGCAGAAACUGGAUUACAACUCUCAAAAAGAACUUUCAAUACUGCAUUACCGCAGAUUGAUACUACCAGACAAUUGUUUGUACAGACAAGGAAAGGCCAGGAAGUUCUUGCUAAGGUGAAGCAGUUCAUGAAACAACACAUCCUUCCAGCUGAAAAGGAGGUAAUUGAGUUCUAUGUUCAAAAUAAAAAUUCAGUGGACAAGUGGAGAAAACCUUCAGUGAUUGAUAAACUCAAGGAAAUGGCCAAAGCAGAGGGCCUCUGGAACUUGUUUUUGCCAGCGGGAAACGGUAUCAGCCAGGUGGACUAUGCCUUGAUUGCUGAAGAAACAGGAAGAUGCUUUUUUGCUCCAGAUGUCUUUAACUGCCAAGCACCAGACACAGGGAACAUGGAGGUACUGCACCUCUAUGGAAAUGAGGAACAGAAGCAGCAGUGGCUUCAGCCUCUUCUUCAAGGGGACAUUGCCUCCUGCUUCUGUAUGACAGAACCUGAUGUAGCUUCAAGUGAUGCCACAAAUAUUGAAUGCAGCAUCCAACGAGAUGGCAAUAGUUAUGUAAUUAAUGGCAAGAAAUGGUGGAGCAGUGGAGCUGGGAACCCCAAGUGCAAAAUUGCAAUUGUUUUGGGAAGAACUAAAAACCCUUCUGUCUCCAGACACAAACAACACAGCAUGGUUCUUGUUCCUAUCAACACACCUGGAGUAGAAAUAAUAAGGCCUUUGUCAGUUUUUGGCUAUGUGGAUAAUUUUCAUGGAGGACAUUUUGAGAUCCAUUUUAAUCAAGUACGAGUUCCUGCCAGCAAUUUAAUACUAGGUGAAGGUAGGGGAUUUGAAAUUUCCCAAGGCCGCCUUGGACCCGGCAGAAUCCACCACUGUAUGAGAACGGUCGGUUUGGCAGAACACGCUUUGCAGAUCAUGUGUGAACGGGCUUCACAAAGGGUAGCCUUUGGGAAGAAACUGUAUGCACAUGAGGUUGUGGCUCACUGGAUUGCUGAAAGCCGCAUUGCCAUUGAGGAGAUCCGCUUGUUGACCCUGAAAGCCGCCCACAGCAUAGACACUCUGGGCAGUGCUGGAGCUAAGAAGGAGAUUGCAAUGAUCAAAGUGGCUGCCCCACGGGCCGUCUGCAAAAUUAUAGAUCGGGCCAUCCAGGUGUGUGGAGGUGCUGGCGUUUCCCAGGAUUAUCCUCUGGCUAACAUGUACGCCGUCACUAGGGCUUUGCGCUUAGCAGAUGGGCCUGAUGAAGUCCACCUCUCAGCCAUCGCAAGGAUGGAACUGCGGGACCAAGCCAGAGGGCUGACAGCCAAGAUGUGAGGAGAGUGACACCGCCAUGCCAGGCCAAAACUCUCCUUUGUGCAAACUUACUUGACUCCAACAUUUGACUCUCAUAUUUUUGCAGCAGUUUGAGCACAGGGUUAAUUACUUGUGGUAAAGAUUUUAGCAUCUAUUUUGAUCAGUGGGUUUUAUUUCAAGGAUUGUACAGGUUUAAGUUAAACAAGAAAUUCUAUCACUGUUGUCAUUCAGUCUAGUGCCCAAGUGGUUUAGUAUUUACUUUUUAAAUAUAACAUGUAAAGAGAUCAUGAAGUAAACUGAAGAGCAAAAUCAUAGGCAUAAAAAUAUUUUCACUUUCUGAUUUUCAGGAAUUUUCCAUGUAAGUAAAUAGUUCUGGGAAUAUUUCAUCAUUUACUUUGAAAACAAUAGAAUGAGACCCCUUUUUAAUACUUUCUUUUUAAGGGUUAGUUUAAUACUUUGUACUAAUGUUUAUACUGGAGAGAAGUAUGACUGAUGGGAUUGUUUUAGAAUUCAUAUAAUUGUACACAUCUUCAUAAUUCAACAGGAAGCACUUAUGCAUAAAAUCUGAAUGCAGUUUAAAGUUUACUAGAAAACAUGCUAUCCUAUCAGAAAAUGUUAUUAAGAACCAUUUCAACUGUUUAUAAAAUGUUUAUGAGAACAGUGGACAGUUUGAGCUACAAGAAAGUUCUUUCAUUUUGAGAAGAGAUUAAAGACAGUCUGCUGUGAAUGCCGUUAUGUUCAUACAACACCCAGUGCAAACAUGCUUGUGGCUGUUUCCCUCAGCUCUGUCCCAUGUAGUAUAGCCAUUGACCACAUGUGACUCUUGAGCACUUGGAGUGUGGCUAGUACAACUGAAGAACUGAAUUUUCAGUUUUUAAAAAUUUUAAUUUAAAUAUCAAUUCUCAACUGAGUUAUUGGAAAACGUUUUAAGUAUGCUUGGAAUAAUUUGAGUAUGUGAAUCUACUUUUUCAACUAUAAAUUUUAUGAAAUCUAAAUACAGAGCAAGUACUUGGAAAAUUUAGCAUCCAACAAAAAAAUAAAGUAUAAAAUACGUUGGUAUUUGGCAAUUCUUUGGAAUUUGUUGAGGUUUGAUUUAUGGUAUAAUACAGGGUUAAUUUUUAUAAAUGUUUCAUACAUGUCUAAAAAAUAUGCAUUUUGCAGUUUUUCAGUAUAGAAUUCUAUAUAUGUCCAUUAAAUCGAGCUUAUUAAUUGUGUUAUUCAAAUCUUUUAUAUCUUUAAUAAUUUUUUGCAUGUCUGUCUAGUCUCACAAUCAGGGAUGCAUUAAAAGUUUUUACUAUGAAAGAAAUAAAUGUUGAUUGUUGAUUUAAAAAAAUAAAAUAAAAUACAUUGGUAUUUGGUACCAAAAUUUGA